UUUGAAUUGUAUUUUUAGAUUAAGAUAGUCCCGUACCGAUAAGUGCUUUCAGUCGUGAAGAAGGCUUCUUAGAGGCUGCGUCUAUUGAGAUAUUGUAUUGUAUAUCUCUACUGAUAUAUUGUAACGUGUAUCUACUGAGAUAUCGUAGCUUAUUGAGCGAUUGUAGCGUACCGUAGAGAGAUAGAGAGCCUGUGUUUAUAGAUACGCCACGAGCGGAAGGCUAUUUAUCCAGAGAGCAGUGAACGGCAGAGCAGAAGAGAGCAGAGAUGGAGAACACCGCGGUGGCGAAGGUUGGGGCUAUGUUGGCCCUGGGUGGCACAGCCCUGGCAUUCACUCUGCUGCCUCUGAUCGCGGCCCGGCGCUGCUCCUGGGGCACCCAGCCUCUGCUGCGCUUCGGGGGCGGAGUCCUCUUGGCCACCACCUUCCUCCACCUCCUUCCAGAACUGAGGGAGGGUCUGGAGAACAGCGAGCUCGGGGAGCUUCCAGAAAUACUCCCGGAACUACUGAUGUGCCUAGGGUUCUUCCUGAUGUACUUCGUAGAGGAGCUGGCACACAUCAUGCUGGGGGCCGAACACCACGACCCCAACUCGGAGAAGAGAAGGCUCUGCAACGACCAUGAAAUUAAUACAAUCUGGACGGAAGGCACACCAUUGCGUGCUAUCAUGAUCACCGUGGCCAUAUCUGUGCAUCAAGUCUUCGAGGGUUUGGCAGUUGGGUUGGAAGGACAUUCAAACCAAGUGUGGAUAUUAACUGGUGCCAUAGCGGCACACAAGUCUAAUAUAGUGUCUCACCACUACACUGAGUUAAAGUUGCUCUUCCCCUCCGUUCGAAGACAAUAUUUCAUAGGUACGUUCCUCUAUCAAAUCAUCAACAAUCAUCGUCCUUCUUACGCCUACAACCUUCUCCAAUUCAAGUCCUCAAUCCACUCCCUUUUCACAAGAUCUCGACCUUCCGACCUUUACAUUCCUUCUCACAGAUCUGCCUCGUUCCAAAACUCGUUUAUUGCUCGCUCUGUUAAUUUCUGGAAUUCCCUUCCUAUCAAAAUUCGGCAUUUUCCCUCCCUAUCUACAUAUAAAACUAUUCCAAUUUCUAUCCCAAAAACAGUCAGAUAA